CAACUCCUCCGCCAGAGAAGGCUCUAAUGUCGACUAAACGAAAGAAACUUCAAAGUAGCUCGACAAGUUUUGUUUAAAAGUGUCGGACCAAACGUUACUCGUGUCCGUGUUAUGUAAACCUUUAUCUUCCGACGGGAGCGGGAAGUACGCCUAGUUUGGGCCCGUCCACUUAACGUUGAGCUGCUAGUUGGGAGGUCCACCAAACUGUACAAUGCAUAUGCUAGCGUCAAACGGAACCGUAAUGGACUUGGACUCGGAGUUGGUGAAAAUUAAAGCGCACUACAGCGGGGACAUGCUGAUCACAGACUUGGCAGCCACGGUAACCUUUGUGGAGUUGUGUGAGGAGGUGAGAACAAUGUGCAGCGUUGCCAAGCAGCAGCCCAUCACGCUCAAGUGGAUCGAUGAUGAAGGGGACCCUUGCACCAUCUCAUCACAGAUGGAGCUGGAGGAGGCAUUUCGCAUUUACAAUCGGACUAAGAGGUCUGGGCUGCUGCUGCAUGUGUUCCCCAGUAUCCCGGAGAGGCCUGGCAUGCCCUGCCCAGGAGAGGACAAAUCGAUCUAUCGCCGCGGGGCCAGAAGAUGGAGGAAACUCUACCGAGUCAACGGACACCUCUUCCAGGCCAAGCGCUUUAACAGGAAAGCCUACUGUGGCCACUGUAGUGAAAGGAUAUGGGGGCUGGGCAGGCAGGGCUACAAGUGUAUCAACUGCAAACUGCUGGUCCAUAAGCGCUGUCACAGACUCAUCCCUCAGACCUGCCAAAGGCUUAUGGAUCCAGUCAUGCCAUCACAGGAGCCCCCAUCAGAUGCCAAGAGCGAAGAGGUGGACCUUCCACCAGAUGAUACAGAGGACACGGACGGGAUACCAUUUUUACCGCACAACUGUACAGUGGAUAAAACAGAGGAUGCAGAUACAGAGGACAUCAAAACAGUAGUGGACGGCAUCGAUGGCAUUAAGCUGUCCCAGGGCCUAACUCUCGGGCUGGGUGACUUCGACCUGAUCCGAGUGAUCGGGCGCGGCAGCUACGCCAAGGUCCUGCUGGUUCGGCUAAAGAAGAACGAACAGGUGUAUGCCAUGAAGGUGGUGAAGAAGGAGCUGGUCCAUGACGAUGAGGAUAUCGACUGGGUGCAGACGGAGAAGCAUGUGUUUGAGCAGGCGUCCACCAAUCCAUUCUUAGUAGGCCUCCACUCCUGUUUCCAGACAGAAAGUCGGUUAUUUCUGGUGAUCGAAUAUGUGAACGGCGGGGACUUGAUGUUUCAUAUGCAACGACAAAGGAAGCUCCCUGAGGAACAUGCAAGAUUUUAUGCUGCUGAAAUCUGUAUUGCUCUGAACUUCCUGCAUGAAAAGGGCAUCAUAUACCGUGAUCUGAAGCUGGACAAUGUUCUCUUGGAUCAUGAAGGACACAUUAAGCUCACAGACUACGGCAUGUGCAAGGAGGGGAUUAGACCGGGUGACACCACUAGUACUUUCUGUGGAACACCCAACUACAUUGCACCUGAGAUCCUUAGAGGAGAGGACUAUGGCUUCAGUGUGGACUGGUGGGCUCUGGGUGUGCUGAUGUUUGAGAUGAUGGCUGGGAGGUCCCCAUUUGACAUUAUCACCGACAAUCCUGACAUGAACACAGAGGAGUACCUCUUUCAAGUUAUUCUCGAGAAGCCCAUUCGCAUCCCAAGGUCUUUGUCGGUGAAAGCUGCCAGUGUGCUCAAGGGCUUUCUAAACAAGGAUCCUAAGGAGCGGCUGGGUUGCCAGGUCCAGACGGGCUUCACAGAUAUCAAGUCACACACAUUUUUCCGCAGUAUAGACUGGGACCAGCUGGAGAAGAAAGAGGUGACGCCACCCUUCAAACCUCAAAUCUCUGACGACUAUGGCCUCGAAAACUUUGACACGCAGUUUACUAAUGAACCAGUGCAGCUAACACCCGAUGAUGAGGACGUCAUCAAGAGAAUAGACCAGUCAGAGUUUGAGGGAUUUGAAUACAUCAACCCCCUGCUGCUAUCCACAGAAGAGUCUGUAUGAAGGAGAGACCAGCUUCCUCCUUCGCCCACCUACUGUUUGUCCAAGCUGCCGUCUCAGCCAAAAACCACUCGCAAGCCAACUCUGAAAGGCGAGGAGGAGGAAGAGGAGGAGGAAGAGUAAAGGACAACAGGGAGGCCGAACUCACCUUCUGGACCUGUCGACAAGGCAAAAGCAAACAGGAGAAUGGGAGAGUUUCCUUCCUGGACGAUUCAGAUUGUUUUGUUGGGGUACCAAACUCUUCUUUGUUGGUAUCUACAAGGAAAACAAAGACACUGGACUUCAAGAACAUUCCCUGUCGUUACGUUGUCUUCCCCUUUUCUUUUUCUCCUUUGGCUUCAUUCCUUUCUCCCCUCAGAAUGUCCAUCCAUCCUCGUGUCAAAGUGCAGCUUUGACAUUUGAACAGAGAGCUGUUUCAUUCUGUGCCUGCCACCACGAACACAUUUCAGCCCGUCUCACAUCCCUGGAUGAAUAUGACAGUUCUGCUGAAGAAUUUUACGUGCACUUUUUCUUUUCUUUUUUUAAUUUCUUUUUCUAUCUUGUAGGGGGGCCAACGCCUCACACGAAACAAGAAUGUACAAUGACAAAGGAAAAGAAUAAGUUAUUAAUGUGUAUUAUAAUGUAGGUAGUGAAUCCAAAAUUGACGAUGCCUUUUUAUCAAUGCAAGUGGCACAUUUUCAUCUGUACCCACAAACAUUUCCUUUUAUCUUUUACGAUUUUCACAAACAACGGGGGGAGCUCUAACUGGGAGACGACUUUUUAUUUAAGAAGUGCCUCAAAGAUCGUAUUAAGUACCAUGUCUCUGAUUGCACUUAUCUCUUAUUGAACAUUUGUCUUCACCAAUCAUGACCAAUUGGAACCGCGGAUAGACUGCCAGGGUUGGUCCAAACCAUUCAAAUUUUUAGGGGAACCAAUGUUUUUGGAGUACGGUAGCUUGUGUCAGUCCUGAGUAUUUAUGACUGGUCUAUAGAUUGACAAGAGUCAGAAAUGGCAACAACUGGUGGCUUAAGGGUAAAGCUAGGUGUGUAGAUAUUGAAUAGUGAAGAUUGUGUCCUGCUUACCAAGAGUUUUCCCAAUGCCAAACUGUCAUUCAGAAAUGUUACUGAUGGGUGUUGUGCAGCAUCCAUACAGUCCUGUAUUUGUGAUGAAACCCAGCAUAAAGGCGUAUAAAGACCACAUUAUACUCGCUGCUAAUCACAGUCUGGCAGCUCCAGAAACACAUUAUAUCAGGACUUCAGCUGAAAAACAAAAGCAGUUCAUUGGCUCCGGCCUCGGCAGCGUGUACAGGCUUGCUGGCCGAGCACAGAUUCUUCCACACCAGCUGCCACUGCGUGACCAUCUGCAGCCAGGCGAAAAGAUCACAUGACCGGUUGGUUGUGCUGUCUUGUGGAAACGUGUCUCCAUUUCCAUUUUGGGCUCGUUGUGGGUUUCCAUCUCCGCACCAAGGCUGGCUUUACACGAUGCAACCUGAACGAAGCUCAGUCCUGUGUUAAAGUCCAAAUUAAAUUAUAAUCUGUUCUUGCAGUUAAAAAUCCUGCUAGAAUGAUAUUCAGAUUUAUUGUUAAUAUUGUUUUAGAGCUGUACAACUAAUCAACAUAUUAUGGAAAUUGUCCAAGUGCAAUAUCACAGAAGCUGCGGUGCUAAUGAAGUACUGUACUCCACAGCUUGUUUCUCCAGAUGUACGAAAACAUGUUUGUUUGGUACAAACCCCAACACACGUCACAUCGUGAUUUUAAUCAUUUUUUGAUUUAUUGUAAGAUGUUUUUGUGGCUUUCUAUGCCUUUAUUUGGUAGG